CCACGGGGUCUCGGUCAGUUCCUUGAAAUUCCGGGCAGUUGGUAGACGAUGGUGUUUGAACAUGUCAAGCGUAGCGAUUUGCGGGGAAUGGACUUAAAGUAGAAGACUGGGUGUUGCUCUAGAUUAUGACCUCAACCAAGAACAAUCGCUACAACCGUUUCUCUGGAGGUGCCGCGAACAUACCUGUGAUAGACAAUACCAGCAUUACAAGGAUGGAAACUACUUUUGGUCCAGCGUAUUCUACUGUUACAACCAUCACUAAAGCUGAUGGGACAAAUACCUUCAAGCAGCAUCGACGGACCCCUUCAUCGUCCAGCACCUUGACCUAUUCACCAAGGGAUGAGGAUGAUGUAAUGCCUCCUAUCAGUACUCCACGUCGGUCAGACUCAGCGAUAUCUGUUAGGUCACUACACUCAGAAUCCAGUAUGUCCCUACGAUCUACAUUUUCUCUGCAUGAAGAGGAAGAUGAGCAGGGACCAUUGGUUUUUGCAGAACAGCCUUCGGUGAAGUUAUGCUGCCAACUUUGUUGCAGUGUGUUCAAGGAUCCUGUCAUCACAACAUGUGGACACACAUUUUGUAGAAGGUGCGCCUUAACAUCUGAAAAGUGCCCUGUUGACAAUGCAAAGCUGACAGUUGUAGUUAAUAACAUAGCUGUGGCUGAGCAGAUUGGAGAGUUGUUUGUCCAUUGUAAAUAUGGCUGCCGGCCAGGUUCAAAUGGAAAACCAGGGGCCUUUGAAGUUGACCCAUGUGGAUGUCCCUUCACUGUUAAAUUGAGUGGUAGAAAAGACCAUGAGGGCAGCUGUGACUACCGACCAUUUCGUUGUCCUAACAAUCCAAAUUGUCCCCCACUCUUAAAAAUGAACCUUGAUGCUCAUCUUAAAGAAUGUGAACACAUCAAAUGUCCUCACUCCAAGUACGGAUGCACGUUUGUUGGAAAUCAGGACACCUAUGAAGCCCACCUGGAGGUGUGCAAGUUUGAGGGUCUGAAGGAGUUCCUGCAGCAAACUGAUGACCGCUUUCAUGAGAUGCAAGUAGGCCUGGCUCAAAAAGACCAAGAGAUUGCCUUCCUUCGAUCAAUGCUUGGGAAACUCUCUGAGAAACUUGACCAGUUGGAGAAAUCAUUGGAGCUAAAGUUUGAUGUUUUGGAUGAGAACCAAAGUAAACUUGGUGAGGAUCUAAUGGAGUUCCGAAGAGACGCAUCAAUGCUAAGUGAUGAACUUUCACACAUCAAUGCCAGGUUAAACAUGGGAAUCCUGGGCUCUUAUGACCCUCAGCAAAUAUUUAAGUGUAAGGGUACCUUUGUGGGCCACCAGGGUCCAGUUUGGUGUUUAUGUGUCCACUCUACUGGCGAUCUGCUCUUCAGUGGCUCUUCAGAUAAAACUAUCAAGGUAUGGGAUACAUGUACUACAUACAAAUGUCAGAAGACUCUGGAAGGACACGAUGGUAUAGUUUUGGCUCUGUGCAUUCAAGGGAACAAGUUGUACAGUGGCUCUGCAGAUUGUACAAUAAUUGUUUGGGAUAUUCCAGCUUUGCAAAAAGUCAAUACCAUCAGAGCACAUGACAAUCCAGUUUGCACUUUGGUAUCAUCUCACAAUAUGCUCUUCAGUGGCUCGCUCAAAGCUAUUAAGGUUUGGGAUAUUGUGGGAACAGAUCUAAAUCUGAAGAAAGAACUCACCGGUUUGAAUCAUUGGGUGCGUGCGCUGGUGGCCUCUCAAAACCAUCUUUACAGUGGAUCCUACCAGACUAUCAAGAUCUGGGACAUAAGGACUCUAGAGUGUGUGCAUGUACUGCAGACUUCUGGUGGUAGUGUAUACUCCAUCGCAGUUACUAACCACCACAUUGUAUGUGGAACCUAUGAAUAUCUUAUCCAUGUAUGGGAUAUAGAAUCAAAAGAACAGGUUCGAACGCUGACUGGCCAUGUCGGCACAGUGUAUGCAUUGGCUGUAAUUUCAACACCAGACCAGACCAAAGUCUUCAGUGCAUCUUAUGACCGAUCACUUAGGGUUUGGAGUAUGGACAACAUGAUCUGUACACAGACAUUGCUCCGUCACCAAGGCAGUGUUACUGCUCUUGCUGUGUCCAGAGGGCGACUCUUCUCCGGUGCUGUGGACAGUACAGUUAAAGUCUGGACCUGUUAGGACACAAGGUUGUAUUAAAUGUUUGGAACGUUGUCCUGUGGCUCACCUUUGUAGAUUUAUUUUGGAAUGGAAGUGAUGCCACUGCAACUUGGUGCCACAGUGCAAUCUGUUCUAAGAUUGCUAUCUGAUUUCAAGACCGACCAAUAUGGCAUGCUUUCUACAAUAGUGAAAACCAUUGCAAUACAAUGGGGAAAAUCACGCUCUGAUAUUGUCAGUUUAUGAAGUUAACAGUGUUCUUAAUUAAUUGAUUGGUGACAGUAGGAGAGCAGAAGGCUUAAAUACACACUGUGGAAUAGCUUUGGAAAACUUUUUAUGGGUCGAAGAUUUUGCAUGUGUGUGUGUUUGUGAAAAUUGCUGGGAAAUUUCUGUAGUUCAUUUCAGAGCUUCAGCUACAAAUUGUCCACUGCAGCAUUGGAGGUGACGUACCUUCCAGUAGACUGGCAGUCUCUGCCUAUCAUUUUAGAGAUGCUGAUUUAGAUAGUGACAAGCGCACACACAUGCACACGCACAAUUUUGUGGGCCGCAGCGAAGUAAGUGAUUCAACUGAUGCAUUUGCUAACCUUAAUUUGACCUGUGUUUACUUCUACAAGAAUAAAUUGUAAUAUAAUAAGGUAGGCAGAUUAUUGAAGCUGUGAUCUUCUUACCUUCUGAAUGCUGCCUUAAAAGAAUUGUAAUGAAACAGCUGUAAUGAGGUACGAUUUUUCCAUCACUAUUUCCUCUCAAAGGCAAAUUCCAUAUUCCAAAGUUCUACUUUUGCCAAUGUACUUGUGGCUGAGGCAUAAGAACAAUUUCACAUUGAAAGUAAAAUAUACUGCUGCUAAAUUUUGACUUGUUUUAUAGCGAUUUAUAAAACAAAAUCGCUGUGUAAUUGCUGUAAUAAUGAAUUAAUAAGGCUUUAAACCUAGACUGUUCCAGAACAAGCUUACUGCAAUCAGUGUUGUACAUUUAUUGAUCUUCAACAUGCAGUAUAUGAAUUUUAAUACUUUAAGAAUGAUUAAGUCGACCUGACUAGAAGUACGGGACCUUCUGAAGAAAAUGUAAACUCUUGUUGCGUUGUUUUGAAAAUUGUAACUGUAUAAAGUCUUCCUGCUCCCAUUUGACUUCCUAAAACACCUUCAUAGGGCUUCUCUGAAAAUUCACCAAGUUAAUGGACGUCAUGAUGUGGUACUGAGCUCCAUUAUCUGAGACUUUCUCUACGUCCGUCCCUGCUAGUUAGCUUCUGGCUAGCUGGGCGAGCAGUCACUGUACUAGCUGACUUCUAGCUGAGCAAGGCAGAGCUCAAAAUUAUCCAGGCUUCCCACUCUUGACUGUCAUGCAAUGAUCAUUUUUAAAAGUCAUAUGGAUUUCAGGUCAUAGAAUCCCAACCGUGUGAAAGCCAGCCAUUCAGCCCACUGUGUCCGCACUACCUGCUGAAAAGUAUCCCACCCAUACCAACACCGUCCCUGUAACCCUGGUUAAUCCAAUUAGCCUGCACAUCCUUGGACACUAUGAGCAAUUUAACAUAGCCAAUCCACUUAGAUUGCACAUCUUGGACUGAGGAAGGAAACUGGAGCACCCGGAGGAAACUCACGCAGACACGGGGACAAUGUGCAAACAUGCAGUCGACUGAGAGUGGAAAUGAACUGGGUCACUGGUGCUGUUCCCCCACCCAUACAUAGCCAGUUGUCAACUUUUGAAUUGCCUACUUGAGAGGACACCGAGAAGAGUUAGUUGCAGGGUGUGGAAGUGUCCCUCCCAUAGUCACAUGCUACUAAGGUUAGCAAGAUUGGGUGAGGAGAUAUUAUGCAGUGACCAUAAGGUAGUGACUUCCAGUACUGGGAAGUACUCUGGAAGUAGCAUUCAAUGUGAAUGAUGUAUUGAUGUACAAAGUUGCUUCUUGUUACAACUCAAGAGAAUGUUUUGUUUACCUGUUUGAGUGCAUAUUAAUCCACAUUUAACAAGCAUCUCAUUCAUGUGGACCUAAUGCAGCAAAGCAACACCCAUAUAAAUCUUCAUCUUUCAUAAGUGGUCCCAGUCCUAAAACUUAUUAAACAAAUCUACUUGUUUAGCUAUUCUGUAGUAUAGUGUAAGUCUAAUCAAUUGACUUUUGGAAAGAUAGAUUUCAACUAGAAUAAGGUUGAUGUGUAUAGAUUUGCCUGAGUAAACGUCCAUGAGCUAAGAAGAUAGUAUGAAUUUGAAUAGAUCAUGUAUUUCAAUGAGUUACUUAUAAAAGUAUAAGUAUCAUGUGCUUUCAGAUUCUGAAUGGAAAUCAAUAUUCAAUAACAAAAUGUGACAGGAUGUUGAAUGUGUUAACUAUGUAUAUGAGAAUUACAGGUAUACAUUUGCAGUUUACAAUGCAAACAUAUAUUUCAUCAGUGAAAUAUAGUAUUUACAGUGAGAAUAUUUGGUUUAAAAUUAGCCUGUUUUAAAAAUUUGUUUUUACUAAUGUAACAAGUGCCUAAUUUUUAGAAUCUGUUUGUACGUGAAUUUAGCCCUUAAUGCAUCACUCUUGGCUUUGGUUGUGCUGAUUUUUCUUUUGUUUUUGUAUAUUCAUUUGAGAUAUUGGUAUUGCUGUUAAGGCUACUCUUCAUUGUCCAUCCUUAAUUUCCCUUGAGAGAGUAAUGAGCCUUGAACUGCUGUAAUCCAUAUGGUGAAGGUACCCACAAUGCAGUACAGCAUUGAACUUUGAACUAGUAGAAGGUAAAGAAUUAAAGCAUUUCUGCACAUCCUUUUUACACAUUUCCAAAAAGUGCCCUAGGUGAAGAAAAAGAGCUAGGCUCCAACAGCUGAAGGUGAGAGAUAACUGACAGCUGCAACCAAGUACAUUUGUAAGGCACAGUGCCAUGAACUAGUUCAAAUAUUCGUCUCAUCUCCUUCCUGUUGAUAGAAAAGGCAUAAUCACCAUGGUUUAUCAAUCAGAGGAUCUGCAUUGCAUGCAUAUGAACAUAUGUGCUUAGCAUGGAUGUAUUUUGUAUUGAAAUAGAGAAUGUCCUUUUAAAUGCCUAAUUUUCUAAAACGUAAGUGUCUUGGAGAAUGAACAGUUGGAAAUAAAACAGAAGAGGAGAAUGCUAACUUUUUGCAUGGUUUGUAUUGUCUUGGUUUCAAAGAAACACUGUUCAGAAAUGCUUCAUUUGUUUUCUUCAGGAGUUCAGUAAUUGAAAGCCAGACCAUUAUCUCAGAAAUGCGGUUUGAACUCUUGGUUUGAGGAUACCUUUUAGAGAGAUUGUUCAAAGGUAAAGUAUUUUGUUGCAGUCUUGCUGAGUGCAUACCUGAUUGAGAUAUAGAUUAUAACUUGUCACCCCAAUUCACUCAUUUAUAGCAACAGCCUUAUGAUAGCAGAGCCCUAGUUUAAGCAGAACACAGUGUGGCUAAUCAGUAAUGCAUUUAUUGAGAUUUCAUUAUGAGUAAUAAGGCCUAAAGUAAAAGUGUAAUCGUGAAGCAUAGCAACUCUGAACCACUGCAAUUGGAGAGCAUACAUCCAUCCAUUUAGCUGCUGCUUUAAACAUCUGGUACCCACUAACUUAAAGAAGCAACCAAAGUUCCCUUCAGUUAUUUUGCACCUGUAUUGUAUUGUAAAAGUUAUGACACUCGAUUAAUGGAACCGAUGUAUCACGUGACUGUAAAUUUUUAUCAUUUUGUUAAUAUUUACAACAAUAAAUCUUCCUCCUGAA